AAUAGUACUACUAUUGAGUAGAACAGUCAGUUGGCUACGAGAAACAAUUGAUUCUUUAGAGUUGACAAAUUCGAUAUUCUUGAAAAAUGAAAUCAAUCUUAUUCGCAACAUUACUGGUUGGGUGCUGGGUUCUCUAUUGUGCAGGAGCUCCUCCAGCUGUUAAAUAUGUAGUUGUAAUUGAUGCUGGUUCAACGGGCAACAGAGCAGCUGGCUAUAAAUACAGUAUAUCAUCGAAAGGGCUACUCAAAUUGGAACGUGAAGAAAUGACGAAAAACAAGGGCGGUCUAACUACUUUACCUGAUGUCGCUGAGGGAGCUGCAAAAAUAGCUGAACUAUUGACAGAGAUAAAGGGAAAACUGGAACUUACAGAUGAAUUGGCAGCACAAACGCCAGUGAUACUGAGAGGCACCGGAGGUCUUCGAAAGGUUUCCAAAGAAGAAGCCGAUCGUAUAUUAGCACCAGUGCGUGAAGUAAUCAAGUCGUCUGGAUUCUUGGCUCAUGGCAAUUUUGCUCAAGUCCUAAGCGGUACCCAUGAAGCAGUUUUUUCGUGGUUUUCCGUUAACUAUCUUUUAGGACGUUGGGGUAAAAAAAAUACAGUAGCUGCUUUAGAUUUGGGUGGCGCGAGUACCCAAAUUACGACGGCGAUAGUAAAAAAGAAUGAUGUCUCGUUAAACAAUCACGUUUUCACUGUGUCAACACCAUUUCCAAAAUCUCAAGCUGAAGUAUUUUCAACGAGCUAUAUGAAUUUGGGCGCUGAAUCGGUUCGACAGGCUGUUUUCACUUAUGAUAAUCCUGACGGCGCUACAGAAUUGAAGACAAUUUGUAUGCAUCAAGACACCGUACCAUCUACUAUUGGCUUCGGCAAAAAAACAUACCAAGUUCGAGGUAUACCAAAUGACAAAGGACAGGUCGAUUUCGACGCAUGCACACAACUAGUGAGAGACCAAACACUAAACUUGGUUCAACCAAGGCCCAGCCCAUUGAAAGAUGUGAAAGAUAUCUAUGCUUUCUCUGGUUUUUUCUUCAGAUUCAGCAAACCGCAAGUUGGUCUGAUUGAUGGAAAAAAAGGUGGAAAAGCUACUGUGGAAGACAUACUUACGAGUGCGAAAAAAGUGUGCAGUGUCAAACAAGACGGUGCUCCGUUCUUGUGUCUUGACUUAAUCUACAUGCAUGUCUUGUUGAGCGAAGGAUAUGGACUGAAACCUAGUACCAAUAUCAACUUCCAGCAAACAUUGGAUGGUCAUGAUGUGUCAUUUACCCUUGGUGUUGGAUAUGAUGAAUUGUCUGGUUUGAAAGUCGCUGAAAAACCGGUUGGCAAUGAUGGGGCAAGCGGUAGUGGCAAAAAACCAAGCGGUAGUGGCAAAAAACCAAGCGGUAGUGGCAAAAAACCCAAGCAUUAGGGGCAAAAAACAGAAAACCGCUUGUAGAACCAAAAAAACACUACAAUAUUAACAACUACCCUGUUGAAUAAUACCGAAAAAAAUAAAAGCAUUUCAGCUAUCGGUCUAAAGAAA